AUGACAGAAGCAGACGGCGAAUCCGGGAGAGCGAGAGAGAAGGAGAUUGAGAAGGAGAAUGCGGAGCACAAUGCUCACGUCAAGUGGCUGCUGGAACAGUGCGUCACUUUGACCAGAGAAAAGAACGAGGCCAAGGAGGAACUCCAACGUUCCAAGGCUGAAGUUACGUCGCUCACCAGCGAAAAUGCAAGGCUCUCACGAGAGAUUGAUGAUACCAAGGCGCAAACAAGCGCAGAGGUCGCCGCGAUGCGGGACGAGCAUGCCAAGACUUUGAAAAGGCUCAUGGAUGCCAUGUGCAUCGAGGGCAGUGGUGAGGGUGACGAGCCGUUAUCCCUCAAAAGAGCCAUGGCGAAGACGCCCAAGCUGUUCCCUCACGAGGCAGACAAGCAAUGGAUCGCAACUGCGAUGACCGUGUGCGCACGCCUCAUCUCACUUAACGUGAUUGAUGAGCGCAUGGCCUACGAGGACGUGAUCGAGGAGCUCGCUGGAGUUGUUGCGGACGACGACGCUUACCAGAAGAUUGUCGGCUUUCUAGAGAAAGCCGAGUACAAAGAGAAUUACUGCCUGUGGCAAGUAUUGAAUGUGGAUGCCCGAGACGUGGACAUACUCUGGGACGGGAACAAGUGUUCGCUCCAUCGCGAUACAGAGACGGCGUGCUUGCGCGUGAGAGUGGUGGUCAGGAAUGAAGAGGACCACUUGGUGGUUGCUAAGCGUCGCAGGGCUGAGUGA